AUGGCAAUCCACUGCCUUGAUGCCGUUUUCCACGGUCCACCCUCCUCACAACAGGCGUCCCCUGCCUCUCGAAACGCCUGCGGCACCGACGAGCCUGAGCAACAAGUAUGGGAAGACGUACAGACUCUCAGCGGCGCGCAGCGCAGGGCUAGAGCUUGUGCGAUCGUGGCGAAACAAAGGGAAGAGGAGUUAAUGGAGAGCGAAGACAAGUCCGCUUCGGUGAGUCGCGGACUAUUCCUUGCCUAUAUAAGGAAUUCCCAUGGCGGCAAAGCACGAGGAGGAGGCGUGAGCUUGCAGCGGUGGUUGGAGGACAGGCAGGCAGCGAUGGAAAAGGCGCUCGUGAGUGAGCUGAAGGAGGAGCUGAUGAGACUCGUCGGGUCUACGAAGAAGACGCAGAAGGUCGACAAGGCCCCGGGCAUGGAGGCAAUGAAAGUGCUGCGAUCGUCGCGGGAGGGAUUGGACAUCCAUCGGCGGGUGAAGCGCCUCGAAUCUCUCGCAGCCGAAGAAUACAGGGCGAGAAAGCUGGAAUCAGGCUGUAGCGGCGGCAGGCAAAAAGGAGGUCGGCAGAAGCCGGCGACGUCUUCUUUGCCAUUGCCAUCGUCCCUCCUUCUGUCCAAGCGGGCGUUCAACGCCGAGAUGGGCAACGUCCUCUUCUCACUGACUGCGGAUGGUUCGGCGGCCGCGCGGGCCAGGGAGCUCGCCGGCGUCCCUCUUAUGGCCGCGGACCUCCGCAAGAAAUGGGCCAACGAGGGAAGAGGGGUAGGGGCAGAAGCGGACGGUGUCGAUGCGUCCCACGCGGAGAGAUCUUCUCCCCCCGCAGGGAAGGAGAUCGGAGUUCCUUUCGCCGUAGAGCUGUUCGAACUGGAGGAGGCGUCGCUCCUUGGAAGGGGACACAAAGACGCCGAAGAGAAGAGGGAGCGGGCGCUUGAACAGUACCGCAUCUGGUCCAAGGAGAAGAGCAAGGAAGCAAGAAAGGCGAGGAGGGUGGAGCAGGCAAAGCAAGCGGAGGAGGCGGACCGACAGAGGAGGAAAAAGGCGGAGGGACUCAAGGCUUAUCGCCGCUGGCUCCGGCUCGCCUCCAAGGAAGCGUACUUCUCGCCCCAGAACAACAAGGUCGUUCCCAGGGUCCGUGCAUCGGGAGCUUUGUCCUCCCGGUCAUGCACACGAAGGACUUUCGGCUGCAGCGGCAGCGGUAGCAAUCCAGUCACCACCGCCACUAACACCACAGCUUUAGCCACAGCGAACAGCAGCAGCAGCGGCGCUGUCGUCACCAGCGGGGACAGCAGCACCGCCGGUGGUGUCAGCGGCGGCGGGAGGGCGUUAGAAGAAGGACGACGCCGUCGCCAUUGGAACCCCAGCACCGAAGGCGCUGGUGACUUUUAUUUGGCGGCUGAUCCUGGGUUCCCAGACUUUUUGUGACCGAACAAACCACGAGCGCCGGGGAGAUUUUUGCCGGCCUUCCGGCGUUAGCAUUAGGGGGGACAGUGUAUGCGGAAAUUCGGCACUGCGUAGUAGGUGAUGAUGUGGAUGGUGGUGGGGAUGCUGGCUUAAGGAGUGCGGAUGAGACAAGAGACGGGGAGGGUAGGCGAGAGAGGAGCUGCGGCGAGAUUCAACAUGAGGGGUGGGUCACCAAGCAGGAGACACAAAACCUAUCAAAUGCGGUGUUCUGUAGCUCGGCAGCAGCAACGAAUGCAUGCCACGGAUGAACGCAAGGCCGCAUGUCAUUGCUGGGCGCGGAGAGCGUCCUGUUGGCGAACGUGUCACUGCACGCUACAGCAGCAUGUGCUGUAGAAGUAGAGCAUCUCGUGAUUGAUGAUGGCAGAUUGAGAGCAGAUUUUUUUAUCCGGAGCAACAGAAAUACCAUAAUAACACGAAACAAACAUGUUCAACGCCGCCGGUUCAUGCGCUAAGACUGGUCUACAGCAGCAGCGAUUCACUUCACCCGGUGGUGUGGCAUUCAAGUACCCUUCGCGCGGUCGUAGAAGGCGUGGGGACUUAAAGACUAGUCUAUGCCUAUGAAGGCAUUAUCUACAUAGAUAGGUAGGACCUACGUGACGCGAGCAGCGACGCCUCUUGUCUGCUAUGCAUGCGUGCGUGCCUUGAACCGGGAAACGUACCUCGCCCUCUUAAGAUCUCUCACGGAGACAAUUUCCUUAGAACAUCCCACACCUUUGUUCACAUGAAACCAGAUACCGAAAUGAAAUAUGUUAGUCCAGACUAGUCUGUGUGAUAUCACAUAAUGUAAUUUAUUUUUUGUUUUUCGCCUUCCGACAAUUGCAGAUGUACCUCAGAAAACUUUCACUUAAUGUCUCAUGCUCUUCAUGAAAAUUAAACCAAUACGAAGUACAACAACACAUGUAGGACUUAUUUCUACUGUCACUUACUACAUCGUAAAAAUAUCUCCUCUUCAAUUUGAAAUUAAACCGAUGACAAUCCUCAUGGUAUCCUACAUGCGUUCUUAAGCUUGCUAAAAUACUACUGCGAUGAUGUCCUCUUGUAAAAGCUGAUAUCCAACAAACGCUUUGAUCCAUGCUACAUCUCCGUGUUGGAAAAGCCCUUCUCCGUUCAUGAUAACAUCUUACCCUAUUCUACGCAAAUCUGUCACAUCUACUCUCAAACAAGACGCCAACUUCAAACGAAAACGCGUUCUACGAUGCGUCUACACUCCAUCCCCAUAUCAUUGGCGUUGACUGGUUCGAGGUCGAUCUUGUUCACCUGUUUUCGGCGUCUUGACGCCCGCGCAUUGCGAGCUUGUACCUCUGCACUCGCCGAGACAUGGCCACCUGUGCAGCCACCGAAACGAUCUGAAGAAGUCGUUCCUUGAAGACUCCUUUUAGAGCCAUCGUUCCUCCGUCCCUUCCCUCCACGGCAUGUGUCGCAAGUUCAUCGAUGAACUCGUAACCCUCCUCUCCAAGGCGGCCAAAGAUUUCCACGGCUAAGGUGG